AUGCCUUUUGCCACUUUUUUCCAAUCGGCUGCCUCAAAGAAGCGGGCUUCUCUUUCGGUCGAUACCAACACUCAUGGAUUGCCACCUUCACCUUCAUCUCCAAAAGCAGCUCCCAACACCAGACGUUGGAGUAACGCAAUCCCAUCUCCAUCCACUGAUGCUUCUUCUUCUCCAUCAACACGUCGUAUGCGUCAACGAUUUUCGAGUCUGCUGAGCAGCAAUGGCAGCCGUAAAAGUUUCAGCGUCUUAUCUUUUGACUCCCUUACAUCGGGUAGUGUUGAUGACAAUGAUCAUCAACCACGUUAUUCCUCAUCUUCGGAUGAGUCUUUUCAUCAACCACCUACGCCACCUGCUCACACCGAUACCACUGCUAUAACAUCAUCCUCGUAUCUAAUGGCCAAGGGCAACAACAUCCACCCUGCAACUAUCGAGGAGGAACCUUUGACAGCAUUCACAUCGCUUGCAGAGCAAGUGCGUGUGGUGCUUGGAUCCGCUUUGGAUGAGGUGGAUGAAGAAAUUGAACUUGAAUGGGAAGGUCAUCGCAAGAACCUACGUCAAUCUUUACUCGAGCCUAAGCGUCAUUUGUCCCUGCCAUUGCAACUCUAG